GAUACCACUAUUGAACUGCGCCAAAGAAAGUCACCUCCUCGGUGUAUUUGAGGCACAGCUCCCACGCACUGCACGGGAUCCCUGACUCAACUGUGGAAGUCUUGCAGAGCCAAGAAUCAAACCUGGAAAAGAACUGUCGGACAUACUUGGUCACCGGAGCAUUACCUUAUAAUAGCAGCUCUACCAAGCACAAACGGUGCCAGGGAUCAACUGAAGAAGGGCAAAAACAUGGACAACUUGGGAACACCUCCCUCAACCGGCAACUGUAGUUAUGAGGCUCAUUUCCAGUACCAUUUAUUUCCAGCAGUCUAUACCAUUGUGUUCAUUCUGGGCUUGACUGGAAAUGUCUCAGCCCUGUGCAUAUUUAUGAAGAAAACUAAGAAUGCCUCCCCAUCUUUCAUCUACAUUGCAAACCUGAUUGUCGUGGACAUCAUUUAUAUUUGCACCUUGCCCUUCAGGAUCCAUUACCACAUAAAAAAGAACAACUGGAUCUUUGGAGACAUAACCUGUCGGAUCACAGGGACCUUCUAUUUUGCCAACAUUUACCUCAGCGUUACUUUCCUCAGCCUGAUUUGCAUGGACCGUUAUAUUGCAGUGGUCCACCCUAGAAAAUACAUCAGGAUGAGAGGCACAAACUGCUCGCGGGUGACCUCAGCUCUGGUGUGGAUGUUGGCCUUUGCUAUCAUGCUUCCCUUAAUCUUUAGUGGCUCAUUGAACAACGUCCAAGCAAACAACACAACAGCUUGCUUCGAGAACUUUGACGCUGAUGCUUAUAGCAAAAAGAUGGCAGUGUAUCACAUUAUGGCAUUCCUCUUUGGUUUCUUACUUCCAUUUACAGUUAUUAUUAUAUUUUACCCCUUGGCAGCCAAGAAAAUAGCCCAGCUUAAAAGCAGUGUCCACAAGGAAAAGGCUUUGACAAUCAUCUGGGUCAUUAUGGUGAUCUCAAUUCUUUGCUUCGUCCCAUAUCACAUCACCCACUUACUCUAUUUCCUUGCUCGCUUGGACUUUAUUCAAAACUGUGCUUUCGGUAACUUCCUCUACAAGAUUCGGCGAGUUACCAUGGCCUUGGUCAGCCUCAACUGCUGCUUGGACCCUCUGAUAUAUUUCUUUGCAACCAACAAAUUCAAGCUAAACUAUGGAAGAAAAAGGGGAUCACUUCAGAAGGUUUACAGCAUUGCCUGCCGCCAAACUCAGAACUGAUACCAAUGGACAUGAGUGAAGACUGUGUGGCUUGGAGUCUCAGGAAAAGAUCAGCCUUGUUGAGUUUUGAAGUUGAUGCAUCUGUUUCUGCAUUCCUGUUACAGCGUGCACGUUACCCAGAAACCACAGGACUGGCACUCAGUGGAAAGGCACCCAGUCCAAUUCUUUAAAUCUUUCUGGUCACUGUGGUUGAAUUAGUCAGAACUUGGUUUCUGUUGCAGCAUCUUUUGGCUGCACUCUGGUAUUCCAGCUAAGAUGCAUGAAGAAAAGCUGUAAUAAACUAAUUACUUACAGUAUGAAAUUUAAUUUCUUCGUUAGGUCAUCACAGGUUAAUCACAUUUGUUAAUUCUUUACACAUUUUAAAAUAGAUUUUUAAGUUGCUAAUAUUCAUUAAAACUAAAUACCAAAACAGAUACAGCUGAGGGGAUGAUAGAUAAAGGAAAACUGUUUACUCUGGUAGGGACGUGCAGAACAAGAAGGAUUAGCUUUAAAAUGAAGGCUGAGUCAUUUGAGGUGAUAAUAGGAAACAAUUCUUCAAACAGAGGGACAGGGAAGAUCUGGAACCUGUUCUCCUCAAAAGCUAGUGAAUCUAGGAGACGACUGGAAAUUUCAGAACUGAGAUGGUCGAAUUUUGUUAGGAAUGGGAAUGGGGAUUACAGGCAGUAUUGUUAGGAAUGAGGGUUACAGAAUCAAGAACUGGUAGAUUAUAGAUUUUGGUACCAUCAGAUACAGACACGCCAUGAGCUGAUUGGACGGCCUCCUGCUCCUGAUAGAAAACAUCAAUCAGUGACGUUUCAAAGAGGAAAAUACUGAAAUGAUGACAAAGAAUAUAUCUAGUGGAAAUAAACUGGGGAGAAAAGGAACCAUUUCUUUCCUAAACCAAAGCUAAAUAUUGUGACUAUUGAUAACAUGAAAUAAAAACAAAGUGCUAGAAAUAUUGAGCAGAGAGAGUGCCACAGGCAUU